AUGGACAUAUCCCAGACAGAUAUUCCAGCCCAUUUCCUAGAAGACGAGGAUGCAGUUAUUAGAGGUAAAGUUAUAUAUUGUUUCCGUUAUUUUCUUGGUUUAGUGUCCACUGCCGUCUUCGAGGACUUUCAUCAGAGCUUCAGCAAUGGAGAAUACACCCUCAUGCACAUGCUGAACGAGUGUCGAGGGGUAAGGAAGUGGAUUUAAUGGGAUAUUGCACUUGGUCUUGUUGAUGGGGAAAUAAUGUUGAGAAAAGGGGGAAUUUUGAUUUUUAUGGGUGGAGAAGGUUGUCAAUUUGCUUUUGGGUUCUUGCAAGUCGUUCAUGAAAAUUUUCCAUUGAUUAGACUACUUAUUCGAAGAAUUUUGGCGUCGACUUUCUUUGACGGCUACGGCAAUAUACUUUUGGCUAUAACGUUUGCCACAGUUGAUCUUAACAGGUGAAACUUCGGAUAUAGCUAGACGGAGGCAUUAUGUAGAUACUCAAAUAACAAAAUCUGACUUUCCAUCCAUAUUCUUUACAAUUCACCUUAUUUUAUAGUGACGUCCUUUCUGAUCUCUAAAUUUUUAUAAUUUUCUUUGUAAAUUGACUUGAAACUCAUGGGAAAUCGCUGAAAAUUCUGUGGUCUAAUAGUAACGCCAAAAUUUCAGACGUUGGAAAGUGGUGUCUCAGCUCUGCGACAGAUUGCCAAUGGAAUUCGCCACAAAAACGCUCAACUCACAAGAACAGCGAAUGUUCUUGCCUUUGAACAUGAUCUCUUCAAACUUCUCUGCGAUUCGGAUGAUUUGGACAAGCAGAUCGAAGCUUCGCCCUAUGUAAGCUACUUUUUUAUCCUUUUUUGCUUUGUUUUUAGGUCACCUAAAGUAAUAUAAAAAAAUAUUAUUGUAGCUGCCCAGCCAUCUUCAUAAGAUUCUCAAAGACGACAAGGAAUUUAGACAGAUCUACAGUCUAAUUAAAUGGUGUGAGUAUCGGAGUAGCGAUUGUCCCAAAGGAUUUACAUCAAUUUUGGGGAGAUCAGUUGAUGUUAACCUUGAAAAAAUCAGGUAUGUUUUUUGAAUUCUUUGUUUUCUUUGAAGUUUAGGUACUGCUGAUGUCGAAUGAAGUCAAUUUUCUUGGGUUUGAGUUGUAAAAUCGAGAAUUUCGACGAUUUUUGUCAGUUUCAGCCUAAAAUAAGGUAAUUUAGAGCGGAUUUGCGGAGUUGGACGGCAACAAAAGAUCUGGAUCUCAUCUUCUCGGAUAAGAAUCCACUGAGAGGCCAGUUUGAACAGAGCGCCGUCUUAUUAUACCAACUGAUGAUUGGAUUUAUCCGCGCCGGAAGGGUCUCAUUAGCUGUUGAAGAAGCCGAAAAAGCCGGUUGCCACAAUAUUGCCGCCCUCCUGGACACUCGAUCUGUCCUUUACGAGCUGGAACUGUCCACCGAGGAUGGUGAUCAUCAAGAUUUUGGGUUUGUGGAGGUCCGAAAGGCCAUGAAAUUGGCCGCGCAAGGACUGUUGUCCAAUACGGAGAGUUCAACACGCGAAGAACAACGACUUUUCUGGGCAAUCUUGGCCAUGGAUCAACGCGAGCUCUUGAGUCGAGCGAACAAUCAAGAGGACCGCCUUUGGGUCUUGUUGAAUUGCGCGUUGGAGAAGAUUUUCGAAGACAAAACUGACAACGAAUUCUCGGUUGGACUCAAAAAACAUCAAGGAAAUGUGUUGAACAAUGUUAGAGAGAUCUUUGAGGCCCUGAUUGGGGAUGAUGAAGAAACUGGAGCGUAAGUUUUUGAGAUUUUUUGGAGCUUUUUCGGAUUUUAGGAGCUGAUGUCAAGUGUAAUAUAAAUAUUUCGACAAAAGAUGGAAGAAUGUUGUGGAAAUGGCAGAUAGAGAAGGUUUAUGAAAUAUAUAGAAAUUUUAGAAUGAAGAACUUGUUUUCUGGCCAGAAAUUAUAUUGUUUUAGACAUCAGAAUGCGCAAUUUUGAGAAUCGAAAAUUUACUUCAGAAAUUAUUGAAAUUAAAGCUUUUUUGGGUUAUUAUGCAGAAAAUUGACUAAGUUGAGUUUCUAAACCUUCAAAUUUCAGUGAAACCGACGUGGAAUUCAAAAUAAUCGCUUAUGUUGCACUUGAAGACCCCGAAAAACUCAGCGCCGUCCUCCGCCAAGAACUGGUCAAGGAUUUGGAAAUGCACACCGCCCGAUUCUACGCGCACUUGGCGCUCCUCAUGUUGGCGAAGGGAAAACCGCUGGAUGAGGACGUUGUGGACACGGUCUUGAUCAAAUUUGUCGACGUACUUUCCCAGCUGGGCCUCAUCAAAUUAUGCCCGUUUUAUCUUGGUUAUUGCACACGGAAAUUGGCGGAAGACAGGUUGUUGAAGUUGCUCAGGACUAUUCAGAAUGAUGAGGAGAGAGAGUCGGUUCUGGCACAUGCAGAACAAUAUCAAUUCAGGUAAAAUUUUGGCGAUUUUAAAGGAUUUUUGCGAUUUUUUUGAAUUUUUGAACGGUUUGAUAGUCUAAAAUAAUAUAGAAUUAUGUUUUUGGGGUCGAUUUUUGUUCUAGAGUUUGUUUGGGGUUCAAUUUUGGCAUAAAAAUUAAGUUUCCUCCGAGAGGAUCGAACCUGCGCCGAUUUGAGUGAUAGCCCAAAACACUACCACUAGACUAUUUCGACACAUGGGCCCAAAAUCCCGUAAAAUCUUCGGAAAUAGGCGAAAACAUAAAAAUUGUGUGUAAAAUGAUUUUGUAAACUAUGUUUACCUCAUUUCAGCCCAUCAGCCCUCUGCACGGCCAUCUACGGCCAAGCAAAACAAGCUCUUCGCUCGGCCGAGGGCUCUCACCUAGAUCAAGCACUGCUCGAAGCCAGCCGAGCCUGGAACUGGCUGGGACUGUGUGGCGAACUGGCAAUAGAGGCAUUGUUGGAAGCCAACUUUUUGUAUCGAAAAAUGUUCGUCCAUAACCGACGAGCCGCCGCCUUUGAUUUGUUCCAAGCAGUGCCUCCGGAAUUGGCUGAACUGGCCCAGAAAUAUUAUCAAGAACAGCAAGAGGGAAGUGGAGAUGCGGAAGGUGGGAUUUGAAAUGAAUUUUUGGAGGGUUUAGAGAGGGUUGGGGAAUUUGGCAGGGUUUUAUAUUGGUUUAGGCGAUUUUUGAUGAUUUUUUGGGGGAAACGGGGAAAUAUUGUCUUCAAAAGGGUUUCGGUAUUGUUGAGAAGCUUUCCAGGAGUUUUUGAUAGAGAAUUGGGGAUUUUUAGGAGAAUUUUUUUAUAUUACUUUAGGUGAUUUUGGAUUUUUUUUUUGAAAAUUUUUAUUAUUUGAUGUCUAAAUAAUAGAAAUUUUGGUAGCUGAGAGUGAAAGAAGACCUUUGAAGUCAUAAUGAGACUUUUUAAUGAUAUAUUUUUACCAGAUUUGCUCAAAAUUUAUAUUAUUUUAGGCGGUCUUACCUUAUUUUCGACAAAUUUUCCCUUAAAAUAGCCUUUUUCUUCCAGCAGAACUCCCGGUUUACCUCAAAAAAGCAAUCGCAGAGUACGAGGGAUAUCAACGCUACUUCCAUGUGGUCGAAUUGUACAACCAAUGGGAGCAAACAGCCAGAAAACCGCCGCCGCCACUGCCCGCUGAAAUCGCGGAAGAAAAAUGGGCAAGGCUCGAUUUGCGCAGACGCACCGAGUUUGAAAUCACGGUCCACGAAGCGAGACAGGCCAGGGAACGGUAUGAAAAUAUUUUGGAACAGCAGAAGGCAAGCGUCGUGGAGCUGACGGAGGAACUCCUGAAGAACGCCGAGGGCUGGCUGUGGCUCGCUGAUGAGGAAUCUAUUGAUGAAAUUGAACCAGACAGAGCUGUUUUGGUAGGUUGGAGAGGGUUGUGAAAUUUGAGGAAGAUCUGGGGAGAUUUGAGAAAGUUCUGGCCAAAAAGGGAACUGUGACGAUUGGGGAAACCGAAAAGUAUUGGAAAACACCUGUUUUUACCUAAGAUUUUACCUAAGAACAUUCAAAAAGUUGGGAAAAAACAUUAUUUUAGGUAAAAGAAAGUGAUGAUAAUAUAAAAUUUAUUGCUCUAAAAUUUCGCAGAUCCAUAUAGAAAUGCUGUAAAACACCUAUUCUGGCUUGUUCUAUCAAAAAACAUCCAAAACUCAAAAAUAUUUUGCUUAAGACAACUAAAAUGCCAAAUUUUUUUUGAUUAAUCCCAUGGAUAACAUAAUUUCCUUUUUAUGUCCCAUAAUCUGUCCCAAAAUAGACGCUAUUCACUAAAACCGUAUGAAAAACACCAAAAAAAGUCAAAAAUUUAAGUCCAAAAUGCCAAGUAUAAUAUACCUUUUUGGCGGAGUUGGACGAUCAGGGAGAAGUACGAUUGGGGAAACCGAAAAAUAUUAUUUUUCUUUGAUGCAAGUGUCGAGAUCAGGAUAAUCUAAGGUGCUGAUUUCGAAAAAGUUUUUUUGAUUCUUACUUUUUUCCAUAAGUAGUACUGUAAAGUAGUAAUUUUUUGAUUUUUUUCAUGAAUAUCGAUUUGGGGGUUUUCGAUGGUGCUGAUUUUAAAUCAGAAAAAAUGAAUACGAUUUUUGAAAUCAACACCGUCGAAACCCCCUAAAUCGAGUAUUCAUGAAAAAAAUCAAAAAAUUACUACUUUACAGUACUACUUAACGAAAAAAGUAAAGAUCAAAAAAAAUAAUGAAUGUUAUUUUCGAAAUCAGUACCCUCGAUUAUCCUAAAUUCGACGCUUGCAUCGAAGAAAAAUAAUACUUUUCGGUUUCCCCAAUCGUACUUUCCCCGAUCGUCUAACUCCGCCAAAAAGGUGUAUUAUACUUUACAUUUUGGACUAAAAUUGAUUUUUUUGUGUUUUUCAGACGGUUUUAGUGGAUAAAGUUUGUUUUGGGACAGAUUAUGGGACGUAAAAAGGAAAUUAUGUUAUCCAUGGGAUUAAUCAAAAAUAAUUUGGGAUUUUAAUUGUCUUAAGCAAAAUAUUUUUGAGUUUUGGAUGUGUUUGGAUAGAAUAAGCCUGAAUAGCUGUUUUACAGAAUUUUUACGUGGAUCUACGAAAUUUUAAAACAAUAAAUUUUAUAUUAUCAUCACUUUUUUACCUAAAAUAAUGUUUUUUCCCAAUUUUUUGAAUGUUCUUAGGUAAAAUCAGAUGGUUUCCCAGAUGACAAAAGACUGUAGUUUGUGCUGAAACAGGUUUUGUUUCAGGAACUUCAAGAACGCAACGAGGAAAUCCGAAAAAUCCGUUCGAACUACCUGUUCGAAGUAAUCACUGCCCUAAUUAAUGUCCACCGAACCUCAAAAGACGACAUGUCCGUCCUAAAUGUGGCUAGACUGAUUGUCGAUCCCAAGUUUGAUAUUUAUACAGUAAGUUUGGGUUAAAAUUUGUAAAAUUUUUUGAAAAAAUUGAGAUUUUUUGGAAAAUUUUUUGAUUUUUUUCGAUUUUUUCGGUAAUUACAACAAAAUUACAGAGUAAAAUAAUGUAAAAAUUCAUUUUAAACCAUUUUCAGCUCCUACCAAAGUCCGAUCUCCGCAAAAUCCUCCAAAACAUUUCGAAAAGCGGCGCCGCCCUUCUCCAUUGA